GUCCUCCUCACCCGUCACCGCCCCGGCUCCCACGCACCACCAUCUGUACAAAAGCCCUGCUCGACGCACCCCGACAGCUAGCAAUAAGUACGAGGUGAAGAAUGUCGUCCACGGCUGUGCAUACGGUGGAGAAGGUCGCGGGGGAGGCUAAGCACGAGGUUGAUACUGCCGCUGACAAGGGCUUUGACACUGUUGAUAGCAAUGCUCGGUACCUGGCGUAUUUCUCCAGGCUGAACACUGCUAUCCGCGCAGGAUCGCGAUACUUCGCCUACACAAGCGAUGUUGGUGAAGCCUUCCGCCCCGUUGUCAACCCUCGUGUGGUCACCGCAGCAUAUGGGAUUUCAUGGGCCUACGUGCUCGGGGACGUCUCCUACGAAGUAUACAAGUCGUACCGUAAAGGCCCUACUCCACUAGAGGCGCAGAGCUUCUCCGAGCCCGCCCGGCUCUCCCUCAUGGCUGUCAAGCGCGGUAGCUUUCAGGCGAUUGCAUCCAUGGCAUUACCGGCACUGACGAUCCAUACUGUUGUCCGGAUGUGCACGUCGGCGUUUAAAGACGUCAAGAAUGUGCGCCUAAAAGCCUGGGGACCAACCAUGACGGGUCUCGCUGUCGUCCCCUUCCUUCCGAUCUUCUUCGAUAAGCCCGUUGAACACGUCCUGGACAGGAGCUUCGACUGGAUCGAGGACCAAAUCAGGAAAGAAGAAGUGGCGUCGAAGAAGGAACUAUAGACGCCUAAACUGUAGCUUAUUAGAAAUUCUGAUUCCCUUAAUCUUACGAAAUUAUC